AGCCGCGUUGCCGAACACACGAGCCCCCAGCCCAGCACCGAGUGGAGCCCCAGAAUCUGAGAACCCAGAACCCAGAGUUUUUAAGUCAUAGCCUAACGUUCCCCAUUUCCGUUCAGCGUGCCAGCGGAGAGCCAAUAAAACCACAAUAAGGAAAACGCCCCGAAAUAAAGAAAAACAACACAACAAUGUCGAUCUCCGAUUUCCGCAAAAAGAAGCUGCUCUUCCUGUUCAAUGUAUUCUUUGAUGUGAACCAAAGCGGCGAAAUCGACGUUAAGGACUUCGAGCUGGCCAUCGAGCGCGUUUGCAAGCUGCGCGGCUGGGCGAAGGACACGCCGAAGAACAAGGAGACCUACGACGUGAUGAUGGCAAUCUGGACUGGGCUGCGAUCGAAGGCCGACAAGGAUAACGACGGGCAGGUCAGCGUCGAUGAGUGGUGCAACAUGUGGGACGCCUAUGCCAAGGACCCUAGCAGCGUGAUGGAUUGGCAGAAUGCCUAUAUGAACUUUAUGUUCGACCUGGAGGACGCCUCUCACGACGGCGGCAUUGACGUGACCGAGUUCACGCUAGUGUGCUCCAGCUACGGCGUGGAGAAGGCGGAGUGCGAGGAGGCCUUCGGUAAGAUGGCUCAGGGCCAGACGGAUGUCACCCGGGAGCAGUUCGCCGCCUUGUGGAAGGAGUACUUUGCCGCCGAGGACGUGGACGCGCCCGGAAACUUUAUUUUUGGCAAGACCACAUUCUAAAGGCAAAAGGAAAGUAUAUAGGACAGCAGCCAAAAGCAAUGAAUGCAACCAGUGAAAUUAUUAUUAAAUUAACAUAAAAAUUAUAUAUAUAAUCGAUGGCAGGAUGGAAUUCAAAUAUGGAACCUCCGCCAUUUUGAUGCUCCGUCGUUGUUAGUUGAGUGUUGUUUUCUCUCCAAGAAUCUCAAGUUUGCCCAAUUCAAUGUCUUAAUUUAGUAGAUAACUCUGUCCUGUAACCUACUUAUAUUUUCUAUACCAAAGCUACGAGCCUAACAGAGCCAAAUACGACAUCUCUGUACCUUUACGAACUACGAACUAUAUCUUAGAAACGAUAUCAAUUACGAGGUAGGAUCUCGCCCAGAUCCCUUUCAAAAUGUGGGCCUAAAUUAAAUCGAUUAAAUUGUCAAAAUGUUUAUGUGUGUGUAGUCGUCGUUUAUCGCCUCGCAUCUAUGGCGUAUAAAUUUAAAUGUAAAUGUAAAGUGUUCCAAGAAAUUACAAUAAUAAAAUCAAAAUAUCAACACGAA